AUGACGAGACGAACGCCUGUGCCCUACCACCAGUACUCUGUGCUGCCGCUGCGUCAACCUCCCGCAGCAGCUCCUCCAUCUCCGUCCCCAGCUCCCGUCACUACGACACCAAAUUCAUCCCUCGGGUCAAAAAACCUCGUCCUGGCCGACAUGGACGGUCGGACAUGCCGGGAAAACCGUGCUUGCGCAAGCUGCAUCUCCAGGCUGAUGCCCAGCGAAAUCGGCCAGGUUAACCUCGCCGAUGACCAAACUUGCCGCCUCUGUCGAGUCGCACGAUGCGAGCCCGAGGCCUUUACCAAGCCAUUCUGCGACUUUCUGCAAGAGAAUCCCACCGUGUUUCACACUGUCCACUACUUCCAGCGCAAGUUGAGCGACAGCGGCUUCAAAGAGCUCUCCGCGCGGGACGCGUGGAAUGGAAAGAUCCACCCCGGAGGUAAAUACUGGGUCACCCGCAACGGCAGCACCAUCAUUGCCUUCACCGUUGGUGAAGCCUACAAGCCCGGCAACGGCGCGGCCAUGAUCGGCGGUCAUAUCGACGCCCUGACAGCGCGCCUCAAGCCCGUCAGCCACCGACCCAACAAAGCGGGCUACGUGCAGCUGGGCGUGGCCCAGUACGCCGGCGGACUCAACCACACGUGGUGGGAUCGCGACCUCAGCAUCGGCGGCCGCGUCGUGUUCCGUGAUCCCGAAACCGGCAAGACGUCCACGAGGCUCGUCAAGCUCGACUGGCCGAUUGCCAAGAUCCCCACGCUCGCGCCUCACUUUGGCAUAGGCAUGUUUGGCAACAACAACAAGGAGACCCAAGCCGUCCCCAUCAUCGGCCUCCAGGGCUCAUCGCGGCAGGAUGCUGAACCUCUGGGUCCCGACGGCGCCUUUGUCAACACCCAGCCGCCCAGGCUCGUGCAGCUCAUCGCCAAGGAGCUUGGCAUCUCAAGCUAUUCCUCAAUUCUCGACUGGGAGCUCGAGCUGUACGACAGCCAGCCCGCGCAAAGGAUGGGCAUGGACAAGGAGUUCAUCACGGCCGGCCGAAUCGACGACAAGCUCUGCUCCUGGGCCGCCCUGAUGGGCCUACUUGCCGCCGACAACAACCCUACCGACGGCCACAUCAAGCUCGUCGCGCUCUUCGACGACGAGGAAAUCGGCUCCCUGCUCCGACAGGGCGCCCGCAGCAACUUUCUCCCAAUUGUCAUUGAGCGCACCGUCGAGGCCCUCAACCCAUCUAGCUACGGCCCCGGACUCCUCGGCCAGACAUAUGCCAGGUCGUUCCUCCUCUCAGCAGAUGUCACCCAUGCUGGCAACCCCAAUUUCCUGGAGACUUAUAUGGAUGGCCACGUGCCGCAGUUGAACGUCGGCAUAGUCAUCUGCGGCGACUCCAACGGCCACAUGACUACAGAUGCCGUGUCGACCGCCAUACUGCGAAGGGUAGGCGAAAUGGUCGGUGCCAAGACACAGAAUUUCCAGAUUCGCAACGAUUCGAGGAGUGGCGGAACAAUCGGUCCUUCUUUGUCCAGUGCCAUGGGCUGCAGGGCUGCAGACGCAGGACUGCCGCAGUUGAGCAUGCAUUCUGUUCGGGCGACGACGGGAGCCCUGGACCCGGGCCUGGGCGUCCAGUACUUCAAGGGAUUCCUGGAUCUGUGGGAGCAAAUCGACGGGGAGUGGUCCUAA